AUGGAUUUGCAGCCAACAUCUCCACUUUUGAUGAUUUCGGUGGAGGAAGAAACAUUGUUUGUGAGCUUGAAUGGCGACAAAGCAGUACCAAAGUUGAAGAAGAACAGUCCAAAAUAUUUCAAGCCUAUUGGUUCCUCUCAUGGAUGGCUCAUCCUCUUGGACGAAAACUCAGAGCCAUAUCUUCUAAAUCCUUUCAAUCAAUCCAAAAUCCAACUCCCCAAGAAAAUUAGUUUUCCUCACAUUAAUAGCAUCACGAGUAAAUGGUUUCGCGGUGGUGAAUGUUUAUUCGUGGAAUACACCUCUGGUUUUACCAGAUGGUUUGAUUCCACAGAAGAUAAAUCGCCUUUGCUUUCCAUCAAGAAAGCUGUACUGUCAGCAAAUCCCAGUACCCACAAAGAUUUUGUAGUUGCGGUUAUAUACGGUGAAAAAUCAAGAAUUGCCUACUGUAGAAAUGUAGAAAUGGAGACAAGGAGUGGAGUGCAAUUCAGGAUGGGGAUUCUGACCCAUACUAUGAUAUUGCAUGUUCUAAUGAUGAUUUACUAUUUGCAUUGGGAAAAAAUGCAUCAGUUGAAAUUUGGGGGAUUUGAUGUUUUCUGGUUCUUCUACACUGCUCAAGAAAAAGGGCACAACUACUCAGCCUCCAUAUCCAACAAAGUUUUUGGAAACCAUGAAAGGCUAUCUUGGAACACUUUAUGCCAGGAAGUUCUACUUAGUCCCCUGUCUGGACAGAUCUUCUUCAUUGUGAGGUGCGUUGGGGAGUUUGUGAUCACUGAUGGAGGGAACCAUUCUGUUUCAAUGUUGGUCUCGGAUCAUUCAGAACUCAAGGGAGAUUCUAUUUACUUCACAGACGACUACUGGGAUCGAAUGGACGAGGAUUACUUGUAUGGAGGCCAUGACAUGGGAGUUUUCAGCCUGAAAGAUGAAAGAGUAGAUGAGUUUUUUAAUAUAGAUUUGCAGAAAAUUACACCACCUCCCUUUUGGCUUGUUCCUAAGUUAUUAAACAUCCAAAAUUCUGUUUUUGGAUUAAAGUAG